CUAUCCACCAUUUUUUAAGCAUUCCCAUUCGUAAAGAAAUUUCUCUGUGUCUGCAAUCUAAGACAACCAAAAGAAUUCAAAUUCUCUGGUCUCCACAACACGUGGGGUCCAAAAUUUCACCUCUAUUUUCAAGAAUUAUAUAAAGUGGAGGUGUUGAGGAUUGAUUGAAGAAAAAUCAAAAUCCUUGAAAAGUAGUUGCAGAUCAAUGGCAAAAGGGUGCAAGAAGAACUUGUUGCACGUGCGAAAUAUCGAUGCGAUGAACAUAGUUCUUGAACCUCAGCUUUCAUUCAAGAAUGUAGUUGAAGAGUUGAGAAAAUCAGGAUUGGAUGAUGAUGCGAAUGGAAACCCUUCCUCUUCCACUCAACCCGACUUUACGUUCUUCUCUCCGCGGCCUGUUACUGAGCUCGAUGCGGCUGCAGUGAAGCUGCAGAAGGUCUACAAGAGUUACCGAACUCGAAGAAACCUUGCAGAUUGUGCAGUAGUUGUGGAGGAGCUGUGGUGGAAGGCUUUGGACUUUGCAGCUCUGAAGAGGAGCUCUGUCUCAUUCUUCAACGAUGCCAAGCCUGAAACUGCAGUUUCACGGUGGGCUCGAGCCAGAACCAGAGCGGCCAAGGUUGGGAAGGGUUUGUCCAAAGAUGAAAAGGCUCAAAAACUGGCUCUGCAACACUGGCUUGAAGCAAUUGAUCCACGGCAUCGGUAUGGCCACAAUUUACACAUCUACUACGAUGUCUGGUUUAUAAGUGAAAGCACACAACCCUUCUUUUACUGGUUGGAUGUGGGAGAUGGCAAAGAAUUAAAUUUGGAUAAAUGCCCCAGGAUCAACUUGCAACGCCAAUGCAUCAAAUAUCUCGGACCCAAAGAGAGGGAAUCGUUCGAAGUUGUGAUCGUAGAUGGGAAGCUAGUGUACAAAGAGAGUGGCGAUUUGGUUAGCACCGUGGAGGGGUCAAAAUGGAUAUUCGUGCUGAGCACCAUGAGGACUCUGUACAUCGGCCGGAAGCAGAAAGGGCGCUUCCAGCACUCGAGCUUCUUGGCAGGCGGGGCCAUCACGGCCGCAGGAAGAUUGGUCGCUCAAAACGGUCUUCUUGAGGCCAUCUGGCCUUAUAGUGGUCACUAUCUCCCAACAGAAGAGAACUUCCAAGAAUUCAUAACCUUUCUUCAAGACCAUUCUGUCGAUCUUUCAAAUGUUAAGAGGUGUGCGACUGAUGAUGAUGCUCCUCCUACUAUAAAUAAACAAAAUCCCAUUCCCAACCUUGCUAAGCGUUUGUCGCGCAAAUGGAGCACUGGGGCCGGACCGCGUAUUGGCUGCGUACGGGAGUACCCAACGGAGCUACAAUCCCAGGCGAUGGAGCAUGUAAGGCUAUCGCCUAGGGUGCCAUUCGGCCUCAUCACCAACUACGGACCAAUCCCAUCGCCACGCCCCAGUCCAAGGAUUCGAUUAUCCCCUCGCGUCUCGCAUAUGGGAAUGCCUAGCCCGAGGACGCCCGCAGCCAAAGCUAGCUGAGCUCCAACUCCACGUUGUAUUAAUAACACUCUUAAGCUUAUAAGGAUCACAAACUAACAACGAUCCAAGUAUUCAUUCUUUGAUUCA